CCAGCUAGUAGCCAGCUAGCCGUAGCUGUCGCACUGAGAGCGACCUCAAGUCCAGCUGGGCUAAAGUAACCCGGGUCGUAAGGAGUCUGCUGGAUGCGCCGCCAUUCAGAAAACACGAGAAACCACCAACAUCUCUAUGGGAGGCUUCCAACCUGGAUGUUGCGACGCCAUGGCCAGCUAGCGAGCAGUCAGGAGCUAGCUGUAGCUAGCAGUCCAGCUAGCUCUAGGAGCCGGGCGACGAGCGUCUAACUCGGCUUUUUCCCAUUUUUCAAAUCUGCUUCCGUGCCAUGUCAUCCACCAUUUAACAGAGCCAGGAAGGAAGCUAAUGGGUCAUGCCAAGUGAGGAGCCGUGUUUCCUCCGCACCUAGCCGGCUGCAGCUCGGUGCCGCUCAGAUAUAGAGGAGUGUUUUGGUGAGAGGAGGAUGGCAUUUCACGGCGCAGGCCGACAGACCGUCUGUGGGGAUUUGUUUCCGGGCUCCGAGCUGGGCCACAAGUACUUCUGUGUCAACUCCUCCUGCGGAGCUCCCUCCACGGGCCUCAGUGCUACCCCGUGUCUGACUGGACCCACUGCCCCGGCAGGAACCCCUCGUCACCCCACCGCUCUCGGAGGAAGCACCGGCGGCGGAGCAGCGGUGCCCCAGCCCUACAGCAACCCGGCCAGCGAGGUGCCCAGCCCUGCAGAGAUGGAGCCAGACCGACCCAUCGGUUAUGGCGCAUUUGGUGUUGUCUGGUCAGUGACCGACCCGCGUGAUGGUAGAAAGGUGGCUUUGAAGAAGAUGCCUAAUGUCUUCCAGAACCUGGUCUCCUGUAAGAGGGUCUUCAGAGAGCUGAGGAUGCUGUGUUUCUUCAAACACGACAACGUUUUGUCAGCUUUGGACAUUUUGCAGCCUCCACAGAUCGACUGCUUCGAGGAGAUCUACGUGAUAACAGAACUGAUGCAGAGCGACCUCCACAAAGUGAUCGUGUCUCCUCAGCCUCUCACCACCGACCACAUCAAGGUCUUCCUCUAUCAGAUCCUCCGAGGUUUGAAAUAUCUUCACUCUGCCGGCAUCCUGCACAGAGACAUCAAACCUGGAAACCUGCUGGUCAACAGCAACUGCCUGCUCAAGAUUUGUGACUUCGGUUUGGCUCGCGUGGAGGAGCCCGACCCGUCGCGUCACAUGACCCAGGAGGUGGUGACCCAGUACUACAGAGCCCCCGAGGUGCUGAUGGGCUGCCGGCACUACGGCUCGGCCAUUGACGUCUGGUCAGUGGGCUGCAUCUUCGCGGAGUUGCUGGGACGUCGCAUCCUCUUCCAGGCUCAGAGCCCCAUCCAGCAGCUGGAUCUGAUCACAGAUCUGCUGGGUACGCCUCCUCUAUCGGCCCUGGCCUCUGCCUGCGAAGGAGCCAGAGCCCACAUCUUGAGGGGGCCGCACAAACCGCCGUCGCUGUCGGUGCUCUACAUGCUGUCUGACGGAGCCACGCACGAGGCCGUUCACCUGCUCUGUCGGAUGCUGGUCUUUGAUCCGGCUAAAAGGAUUUCCGGCAGCGACGCCCUCUCCCACCCGUACCUGGACGAGGGGCGCCUGCGCUACCACACCUGCAUGUGUCAGUGCUGCUACUCGGUUCCCAGCGGGCGAGUUUACACCCGAGACUUCGAGCCGGUGGCCGAGCGGCCGUUCAGCCACAGCUACGAGAACAGUCUGCUGUCUGUGUGGCAGGGGAAAGAGCUGAUCCAUCGCUUCAUCACGGAGCACCAGCAGGGAAAACGGGUGCCGCUGUGCAUCAACCCUCAGAGUGCUGCCUUCAAGACCUUCAUCAGGUCCACUGCAUGGCACUCCUCCAAGGUGUCGAGGAAGGAGGAGAGAUGAACGGUCCUCCUCCUCUUCGUCACGAGGAGCGACGACAGUUCGAGGAAGGAUUUUAUUGGCCGUGGCAUCUUGAAAAUAACAAAGAGUUUGGGUCCUCUUCUUUUUUUUUUUUUCUCUUCGUACGGAGUGAAACGACACACCCAACUACCCCCAGCCCCCAGCCCGGAGGGGGGAAAAACAGCCGACCCACCUCGUGAAAAUCCUCAAAUAGUUUCCCCACAAACCCACAAAGUUUCCGCUUUUAUCGACCCAAACGUCUGAUGAUCACGGCGUUUUUCGGUGCUGAAUUUAAAAAAGAAAAAAGAAAAAGAGAGAGAGGGGGAGAAAAAAAAGAAAAAUGCUGCUGAAAUGCUUGAUGAGGAAAAAGCAAGAGCAAAGUAACUGAAUUCGGUACUAGUUUGGAUUUUCCAUCUGUGUUUGUAGAGACUUUAAAGAUUAAUGAUUUUAACUGUUUGGUAGAAUUGAUUCUUAGUUGAUGUUUGAAGUCAUUCCAGCCCUGUGCAAUAUGGUUUCAUGUUCAAGCAGCGAUAAACACUCGGAGCGUGCUCUCUUGCCAACAGGAUUAACGGACGACAUAACGGGUCAGGCAUCACGACGUCACCACCCGCCAAACGACACCAUUAACCGCCAAACGCCGCCAAGAUUUCCUCUUUUUAUUUUGGGAAGGAAGAAGAAAAAAAGAAAAUCCAUUCGAACACAUCGCUCACUGUGUUUUUCGUCACACCGCGCGUUGGUGGCGAUAAUAAUGCAAUUAAACGGAUGUAGCAGGUUUUAGCCGACAGUCCUCAGCUGUUUCUCCUCAUAUAGUUGUCGUUUAUCUCCUCACAGUGACUUGUUUUAUUCUGGAUCAGAUUAAUCAGGAAUUCAUUCACCACGCAUCGUUUUUUUUACAGUCUGAGAUCUGCAGGCUGUGUGACUGCAACUGUUCGUUUUGGGGAAAGCAGGGCAGGAAAUCGUGACUCAGUGUUUUAGUCGUCUAAACUCAUUUUCUGCUAAUCGGUAAAUGCCACCCUUUUCUAUUACUCUCUCUAAUCUUGACCCUUUUUCCCCCCGUCUCAUCCGUGUUAUGAUCUAAACACCACCACCUGCGUGGACCCGCCUCAGAUUUCCAAGUGUUUUUAUGUCCCCGCCCCCCGACUUUUUAUCCCGCUAUUAGAGAGAGGACGUGGAAGCAGUGGCGAUGAUGUUUUUUUUUUUUUUUUUUUUUUUAAUCUCUUAAUUUAUUGAGUGUUUGUUAAAGAUUGUGUCUCCACUCUUUGUGUUUAACGCGACCCAUUUGAGCGUCUGUGGCGGUCUCGGUUACCUCAAACCCUUGAUACAUACAAAAAAAAUAAAAAAUAUGGAGGCUGAGGACAACAUGGUGGACCUGGGAAAUCACCUAAAACCCUCCCGUCACGACUUUAACGUCAUUCCUCCACGUUCAUGACUUCUUUUACCUCGUGCUUGCUCUUUGUCUCUCACCCCGCCGGUCUGAAUCAGUGUGAGGUUUUGAGAGAAGGAUGUUCAGUGAAAUGCUGCUGUUGUUUGUUUCUUUGUUGUUGUUGUUUAUUAUUUUUUUUUUUUUUUUUUUUUUUUUUUUUAGUUCCUGUUCAGUUUAAGGCUCAGGUGUCCUGUUGUAGACUAUGAACUGUAUAAAGCCACAUAAAGAUGUACCAGUAUUGAUCCUGGUUUGGAUGAUCAGGUUUGGAUUAUCGGCCUGGAGUCAGAAAAUAACUUUGUACAAAAGGUGCUUUUCCACCAAAGGUCCCAGGAAGAUAAAAUCCAGAGAACUUUUUGAAUACCCCAUAGAUGUUUACAUGAACCAAGUGUUCUUCCAUGGGAACCAGGAGAUCCCUUCAUAAAAACCAUUAAGGCUUGGACUUAAUUAUUAUAAAUUAUAAGUCCUCAAUCUUGGUGGAAAGUUCCUAUGGUGGAGGAAAAGUUCCUCUCUCAUAUUGGGAUAUGUUUCCCACACCAGAUCUAAACCCAUGAUAAACAUUGCAUAUUUGAACCAUCUUUGGGGAUUAACUGUCUCCAUAAACCUUGGUUCAGACCCUGGUUCCUGCUUUGCUAGAGUUCCCCAGUACAUUUUAGUUCCUGGUGGAAAGUUCCUGCAGUUGGUGAUGAAGCUUGUUUUCCGGGAAGCUUCAUAGUUUCUCCAUCACAUUGUGAUUUGUUUUCCACCCAAGGCCCUGGGAACUAAAACUUUGCUCAUAAAUAAGUUCCUGCAGUGGAAACUUGGGAGCAGAGUUCCUCAAAUGGAAAUUACCUGCUGGAGAUUAAACCAUCUCCCUCAAACUCUGGUUCCUGUGUUGGAAACGCACCUGGUGUAAGAAGUCAGAAGUUACAUAUAAGAAAGUGAAUAUAUUUGUGUCGUGGGACAUCGAGUCUGUGGACGAGAUGUGAUGAGUUUGAUGAGUUUUAGCAGAUGGAAUGAAAUAAGGAGCGACCAUACUGGUGGUUUUUACAUGUUUAGUUCCUCUAAUCUCUUUAGAUUGAUAAUCCUCAGUGCACAUAGAUCGCAACUAACACAAGAUACAAGUUUACAAGCUAAUGAGAGUCCAUCGUUUUUAUUGUUUUACUAGGAGAAUAAUGUGAGAUUUGAUGAAAACCAAACCCCUAUCAUGGAUCGAUUAACUCUGAUUGACAAGUUUUAUGUUUAUUUUAACAAAGUUCUGUUUGUAAUUUGCCCCAAAGUGUUUUAUUAUAACAUGAGUUUUAUUUGAUGGGUGAUUUUUUUCCCCCAUGUCGCCUGUGGAUGGAUUUUAAGACGCUGAUGUUUAAAAGCGGAACAAAGCGUUCACAUUGUCCUGGACUGUGCAUAAAGAUGGACGCCCCCUCCAGCUGCACAGACACAAGAUGGCGGCGCCGGUUUCCGAAGUAUUCACGUCGUCCAUCUUUAUCCGCAGUCUGCUCACAGAGUGUCGAUGAAUUAUGUCAGAAAGAGUUGCUAGAAAUAAAACCAGUGACUGCAUGAAGAAAACUAAAAAGAGAAAAAACAGUGGAAUAUUUAACUAGUGUGUUUGAAAACUAUAGAGGAUCUGUGUAAAGUGUACAGAUGUGAAGUUAAUACAGUGAAUUUAAAACAUGUGAAACCAUCAGUGUGGUCCUGGAGAACCCGGUUCCACGUCUGGCCCCCUUUUGACUGCAAGAACCUUCUUCUUUUUUUUUUUUUUCUUUAGGAUCUCAGGAACUUUACAUUGAGGGUCCGAACAGACGCUGAGUCUCUUAACAGGGCUGCUUUUAUUUUAAGUCCACGUUUGGUUUUAUGUUUUGAGUGGGAGCUCGGACACGCCGGGGGAGGGGGGGUGUGGGGGGGGGUGGGGGGGGGGGGGGUGGAGGACCUUCAGGUUCAGCUCCCGUGGCUGCUCCGUUUCCUGGAUCAAUCACUGAAAUGUUGGGGAAUCUGCGGCCAAGGUGAAAUGUUUUGUACUCGCCCUGAAGUUCCCAGCAGGCGGGGGCCGCCGGGGCCCCCCCCCCCCCCCCCCCGACCGCCCUCGCUGGCCCCUCGGUCUCCUGCUUUCUUAAAACGUUUUUUGGAACCCCUGAAACCUCAGCUCGUCUCCGACAGGAACACGGCGAGUCUCUGUGGGGAAAAAACCCCCGGAGACGACUUGUAAAUCUGCAUGUGUAUAUUUAUUACCCCGCGGAGAGCAUUUGGGUUUGAAUGCUGUGCAAUGGUUGAGUUAGUCGACGAUGACGUACACUUUGUGGUCUUUUUAUUUAAUUCAUUUUAGAAGGUGAUUUUUAUUAGAAGCUUUGUUUCUUAUUUUGCUUUGUUUGUUGUGAUCUAAUUAGAUUUUUUUUUUUUUUUUUUCAGUUUUUUUUUUUUUUGUUUGUUGGUUUGUUUUUUUAAAUGGAGUCCGGAGUUGUAAGAACGUUUUGAUGAUUGUUCCCUAAAAAAUACAACAAAAAAAACAAAAAAACUUAAAGAGAGCUUCUUUUUGGUCACGUGACAGAAACAUGGCUUCUCAUUGGUUUAAUUUGUGUCCUCAAAGUUAGUGUCUCAGAUUACUCUCUAAACCCAUAAAUUAAUUCAUUAUCAGCCAUAUUGAAAUCACCUGCUCUAAAAAAAAAUAAGAUUUAACACGUCUUUAAUGAUGGACGGAGGCCGUCACAUUUAUGAAUUCACAGCGUCCAUUUGUCUGGAGCGCAGACAGACAUGAUCAGUUUUACAUUAGCUUAGCUUCCAGCUAAUUAGCAAAAGAUACUUAGCUGUAAAUUACAGCUGUUUUUGCACAGUUAGAUUAACUGAACUUUUUUUUUUUUUUUUUUUCAAUUAGGCUUCUUCAUGAAACUUGAUAGAUCCACUCUGUUAACUGAUUACAUUCAGUUAAAUAUAUUCAACCUUAAUCACGGUCAUCAUUUAAUCAAGACUGUUAAUCUCAAGCCUCAAGGAACGCGGCCUUUCUCCAGGGACUCCCACGUUCAUUAGUUCACUGUUAUUGUUGGUUUAAAGUUCAAUUUAAUUCUUUUAAAUAUCCAUGAAUUGGAUAACGGCGUCCUUUGUCCUCGUCUUUUGAUUGGGCGUGGCGUCAGUAUCGCUUCUUAUUUUCAGCUUUAUCAUGCUAGCUGCAAUACGGUACAAGUGAAGUGUUGUCCGAGGACUGCAGCAGGUUUACUCCGACGCAAACGAGUGCAUAAGCGCAACCUUAAAGGCAAUAAUUAUCUGCAUUUUUGUUUCCUCAUGCGUAAACCACACAAGGUUUCUCUGAAAUGUCUUAAAUGUGUCUUUUAAAAGGCUAAAUUUGUUAAAAUCUUAAAAAAAAAGGAAAAUCUCCACGUCGUAGAAGUUUCGAAUAAAUGAGAGAAAACCCAUCAGAGUGAUUUGAGUCACUGAUCAUUUGAGGCACAAAUUCUGUAAUUUAUGGGACAUUUGAUCCAAAGUAUUCCCUCCGGAUUCUCGUUUCUCUUCCUGUCGUUGUGUUUCGUAGAGAUCUUCCAGGUUAGGAUCAGUUUUUGAACUAGACGACCUGUGUUCCGGUCUUUCCCCUCCCUGCACUCUGUUCUGAGAUCAGCCGUCGGGUGGUGGUGUUAGGUUAGGAGGUGGUGGUAGGUAGGGAGGGAAGGUGGGGGUGCGUUCAGGAUCCCCGCAGAGCAAAGAGGACGGCUGCUCUUUAUAGAGAUUAGACUCGUUUUCUUCUACAAAAAGAAACUUGAUGUGUUUAUAUUAUAAAUAUGAAACUGAUGUUUUUGUCUUCGUUUUAGCAAAACGUUUUUUGUUUUUUUUUUGUUUUUCGUUUUUUGACUUGUGUUCCCAAACAAUACUUGAAUUUCUUAAAAAAAAAAUGUUUAGACUUAAAGUAGUGAAUGAUGAAUAAAUAAAUAAAUGGACACUGGAUAAUA